AAAAAAGAAAAAGAAAUGGCAGCUCUACACAACUUUCCCUAGAAGGUUUUGCAGUCUUCAGCGGUCAAUAGGUUUUGACUGGAUGGAGUAUCUUACAUUUUAUUAGAGUGGGUGACUACACUUCAACAUUAAUUCAUUUGACUGUGAAAGACUUCGGGAAAUCCUAAGGAUGUGAAAGGUGUAAUCUAAUUGUCAUGGACAUUCUCGUAUUCAGGGGAUCUAUCCAGUGUUCAGCCUAUCAGAUGUGGACCAAUAGUGAGGAGUAAAGCAGUGAAUUACUUGUGGAAUGUAAGGCUCUGAAAUGGCCUAUCAGAAAGUGGACCAGAGAUUUCGAGUGCACACUGAAGAUGUGGACACUGAAGAGCUUCCAGUUCCUUCACUAGACUUAGAGUGGGACAUGGAAAAAGAGUUGGAAGAAAGUGGAUUUGAUGGCUUUGAACCAGAUAGUUCGAGCCAGCAUUGUUUGGCUAACUCGGCUGGAAACAAUGAUCUUGACUUUGAAUUUAUGCAGCCUUCAGCAUCACCCCGAGGAAGAUUUGCACGUCUUGAAGAAGAGUCUGAUUACAUAGUGCAUCCAAGACAAGGAUCAAAAAAUCAGCAGGGCAGCCUUUCUAUCAUCGCAAAACUCUUUGUCGCAGGGUUUAUUAUAUUUAUUUGUGGUUUUCUAAUUGGUUACUAUGGACGGAAAAGUAACUCAAAACAUACCUUGCCAAAUAACAUAACAACACCAAUGCCACCUACAUCUUCAAUUGCAGUAUCUGAUGAUGGCACAAUCCUUCAGAGUAUUGUUCAGGCAAUUGAAGGCUACAGCAUCAGGAGCUUUUUCAGAAAUCUUACACUGUUUGCUGCUGAGUCAGACCGGGGGAGUUCUGCCGCACAUGUUAUGGAGCAGUGGACUGCAUCUGGUUUAACAGAAAUCCGCUUAGUCAAUUAUACGGUUCUUCUCAGCUUGCCUGAUGCAAACCAAAACAAAAUCAUUCUGACAAAUAGCAGCCAGUGCUUUCAUCCCAGUGGACAACAAUGCAGUACUUUGCCCUCAGCCCCACAUGGGAAGAAGGAAAAGAAUGACCUUCUUUAUUUCUAUGCAGCUUAUUCUGCCAAAGGAUCUCUGGAGGCAGAGAUCAUUGAUGUACAAUAUGGAACAAUUGAUGAUCUGCUCCAACUUCAAUCAAGCACCGAUGUUACCAAAAAAAUUGCACUAAUUAAACUUGGAAAAGCACCUUUAUUAUACAAGUUAUCUUUAUUAUUGGAGGCUGGUUUUGGAGGAGCUUUGGUCUAUAUUGACCCUUGUGAUUCGCCCCCAAGGGAGAAACUUGGGGAGAAGACAUUUUGGAUUUCUUUGAAUCCUGGAGGAGACCCAUCUACACCAGGAUAUCCUAGUAUUGGUGGAAUCUUCAGGGAACACCGAACAAAUAUUACAUCUUUGCUCGUUCAACCAAUUGCUGCAUCUCUGGCUCAAGAACUUCUUUCAUCAAUGGAGAAAGCAAAUGGAAAUGAAUGCUUUCAGCUCACCAACUCAAGUGCAGUCAGUAAAACCAUCAGGCUGGAGGUGGCAACAGUCUCAGAAUAUAGAACAAUCCAGAAUGUAAUUGGCUACGUGAAAGGAUCCAUCAACCCAGAUAAAUAUGUCAUUGUUGGCAGUCACCAUGGUAACAGUGAAGAGCUUUGGACCAGCAGCACUUCCAUAAUUACUGAAGUAAUCAGGACUGUGAUGACCCAGGUUCAGAAGAAAAGAUGGCGACCAAAUCGUACUAUUUUGUUUUGCUCCUGGGGAGGAAGCAUUUUUGGCAACAUUGGCUCAUAUGAAUGGGCAGAGGAGAUGAAACAUGUUCUACAGAGUAAUGCUGUGGCCUACGUUAACCUAUUCAAACCUGUUAUGGGAAAUGGAACCCUGAACACUGUGGUGUCACCUUCUCUUCGACAACUAGCAACAGAUGUUAUGAACAAGAGGUUUUCUUUGAACUGUACAAGGCAAGAAAAUUGUUCAGGAAGAAAGGUCAACUCCGUGCAGGUGGAAGGAAACAGUGAUUUCUUCAUAAAUCAUCUUGGAGUGCCAACUGUUCAAUUUGCAUAUCAGGAGACAAAACCGUCAAUGGGGCCAGGAUUUCUAUCGGAAGCAUUUCUGCUGAAUGAUGCAUCAGUGGUUGAGACUUUUGAUCCCAACUUUAACCUUCAUGAAACUAUUGCCAAGUUAACAGCUGAAAUGAUUCUGCAUAUAGCAAAUGAGCCAGUUCUCCCUUUCAGUGUCCUGGACGUAGCCCUGGAGGUUCAAGAGAAACUCAAAGAUGACAAUAUUGCUUCAGAGCAAAUGUUGGCAUUGGCCAACGCAUUGAGAGAAACUGCACAACUUUUUCAAUCAGAUGAAAUGCGUCCAGCUAAUGAUCCAGAGGAAAGAGAUCCUGCCCAUUUGAGAAUGCUAAAUGAUGUACUGCAGAACCUAGAGAAAAACUUUCUCAUCCAGCAUGCUCCACCAGGCUACUAUAGAAAUAUUCUAUAUCAUCUCAAUGAGCCAUCAAGCCAGUUCUCUGUCAUGAAAGAAGCUGUUAACCACUGCAACCUUCAGAAGACAAACCAAACUCUAACCAAAAUUAUAUCUAUGGUGCAGAACAGCAUUAGAUCUGCUCAGGUUUACUUAAAGACAGGACAAAACAGCAUCAAGAGAGAUGCAUCUGUACACAAGAAGACUUCAUGAAUCGGAGACUCGGAUAUAUUUCUGUGGUAAAUGUACCAUAUAUUUUAGAGGACAGAAAUUGUUACAAUUGAUUUGAAUUCGAUUGUUUGUUACAGCAUAACAAAAAAGUUAUUUUGUCAUUCUGUAUAUAUUUUUGAUAAAUUUUAUCAUUGAGUGAUCACCUUUGUAACUUGCCAGUUUAAAUUAAGUCACAACUAGGGUUUAUUGACUCAGUGAUCAGGAGGGAAGGAUGCUGUUAAAUGAGCAAACAACAACUUCACUGACCUUACAAUAAUUAUGCUGUUUCAGCAAGUUGCAAGACUUGAUUGAAAUUUGUAUUAAUGCUCAUAGGAAAAUACUAACAUUUUAAAAAAAUACAAUGAAUGGAUACUGUCAGAGGAAUAUACAGUUUAUAUACAAAAUGUAUACAAGG